CCCAAUGUGGCUCUAACUGAAGCUGAAGCGUUGACCACACUGGAAAGUUCUGUGGAGCCUAGUUCUAGUCUGGAUCAUCGUCUAAAGAUCAGUGCUAGUCUGUUUGACAUUUUGAGCGGUCGAACAAAUGUGGAUCAUCCGUUGUGUCAAGAAUGUGCAGAUGUCCUGUUGGCGGCUAAACAACAGAGCCUUGAAUAUCAGGAAGAAGAGUUAAACUGUUUACGCUCGUAUUUAAAUUAUCUGGACGCGCGCGCUGAUUCAAAGCUGGACAAUUGGACCAGUUCUCUCGGGCUGGUGAUUGAUACGGAUUCGUGUGCACCACCAUUCAAUUUAUGCGAACCCCCUCCAGAGAAUCAAUCUGAUGCUGACGAAUCGGAUUACUCGGAUCCAGAUAAUGCCACCCAGGUCUCUGUUUCUGAUCAAGACCAAGAACCGAAGUCGAAGGAAGAAGGUAUCGCUGCUUUAACCAAGGCCAGUGGCUCACCGUCAGAGGAACAGCAUUUUGUCUUGACUGAUUCUGUUAGUCCAGUUAAUGCAGACGGAGCUCUCCACGAUUCGAAAAACCUUACAACGAGCCGGCAAAAAAGACAACCUCGACUGACUCAAUUGCGUGACAGUGUCAAUGAGUUGCAACGGACUUUGGAUGAAUUACUAAACGAGGGGAAGGACUUGGAUCAACAACUGGCUAAAGCCACGGCUGAUCUGGAAUACCGUAUGGACGAAUUAGACAAAGCUCAGACUCAGUACAACGAGCAAAAACAAACGCUGUUGGAUUCCACGAAUGAAUUGCUGUCGCUCGAAUCCCGAGUCGCAGAUGCUGAGAGCCACUUGCAACGUCUCGCACGUACCAAUGUGCUCAACACCACCUUCCCUAUUUGGUAUGAUGGACACAUUGGAGUGAUCAACGGAUUGCAUUUGGGAAGAUUAUCGAACAGACCAAUCGCUUGGGAAGAAAUAAACGCGGCUUGGGGCCAAUGUGCUAUGCUGUUGCAGUGCAUAAUACGCAGGUUAAAUUUUCAAUUUCCCCACUAUGAAAUUAUUCCCAUGGGAAUCCGUUCGAAAAUCGUAGAAAUUCAGAGUCGGAGAGAACAUCCACUGUAUUAUGUGACAAACAUUUUCAGUCAGGGGAAGUUCAACGCAGGUAUGGCCAUCUUUUUGAAAUGUGUGGGGCAGGUCCAACAAGUGGUAGAAAGCAAUUCGAACGCACAGCUGCCGUAUCAAGUCAAAAGUGGUGGGAAAAUCCACGAUCCGCAAGAUGGACGCACUUACUCCAUCACCUGGAGCAAAGACUCUGAAGAGGAUUGGACCAAGGCACUGAAAAUGAUGCUCAUCAAUCUGAAGUGGAUUAUCGCACGAUUGGCCACGAUCGAUGUGUGA